CUCAUUCGUCGAUCACAUCAUUUGAAUGCGAGUUUCAAAGCAUUAAAGGUCUCAUCAUAUGACUGACUGCCUGCCUGUCCACCACUACAACCACAAGACUAUUGUUAAGCUACCCGUCCCCUCGAGCACUGAGCGCCUACACCUGACCGCCACUGACAUACCUGUUGUCACGUACGACACAUUGCUGGCCAUGUCUUCGCCGCUGAUGACGGCCAUCAACCACACGAUGGGCACCACCAGAGACAAGGAGGACCUGGACGUCCACCACGGCUACUAC